AUGAGCAAAAAUAAUAUGACCGACUUCCAGCGGACUCGUAGCAAGGUGUGGUUUCCCAACUUAGACGAUGACGAUGAAGAUAUUCAUCAUUCGUGGCGCCGACAACCAUCGUCGUCACCAGAAAGCAGACGUAUAUCGUCCGGCAGCCCAAGCAACGGUAGUCACAAGUCACAGGACUCCGGKUUUUCGGACUCCGAGAGUAGUCCCUUAGGAUUGUCGAAAGCUUUACUGAAAGAAGACAAACAGCAGAAAAAUACUAAUGCAUUUACCGACCAAUUGCCAGACGGAGUGUUACCCGAAGCACUAGUUCCUAGAGUUCCUUCGCCUUGCGAACCUCAACCACAAUCACCAAAUCAUUGCAAUUGUUUUUUACCAGCUUGCGAAUUGUCUAGAAAGUUCCGUUCGUUCGAGUACGUCGCCGUCGAGGAAACAUCACCAUUCAGACCGACGCCAAAAAAGUACGAGGAAGAACCACGCACGCCCAACCGGACGUGUUUUAUCGUUGAUGAAUUGCCGAAAACCAGCGUAGUAUUGUUGACGCCGAGUUCGGUGAAAAGUUUUGACGGUCACUUCGAUCAGUCAGAAAAUGUUACUGUUGUAGAAAACAUUAAACAGGACUGCAUCAAAAAUAACGAUUUGAUUAUCGAUCCACCCACACCGUUUGUCGACCGUUUUAACGAUGCAGACACUGUGAGUCUAUGUGAAUCCGACAGACCGGGCUCACCUGAGCAUACGUCUACACCGAAAUCAACCAAAAACAGAUGUUGUACUCCCAGAUUACAUUAUAGAAAAGAUCUACAACUAAGAAAACCGAAACAUUUAAAAGAUAGCUUUAACAGAAUUGAACGUGAAAACGAAGUGCCUGUUGGACAGUGGCUUAAUGAACUGAGAUUUAGAUGUGAACCGGAAUGCAUGACCACUUUACAAUCGAAAUCAAUAGCAACUUCUGAGGAUAUGUGUCGUUUUUCUACAGUUAUUUGCACCGAUUCUGAAGUUGUGCGGGACCUUUAUCAACGUACAAAAUCCAUAUCUAAUGAAUUUAUAAAAGUUUACAAUGAUUUAAACAAAUGUCCAGUUGAUAAUUUUGGAUCAUCUGUCCAAACAUUAACUGGUAUGUUGUUAGACUUUGUUUGUGAUCACGAGAGUCAACUACCUGAGGAUGGCCAAGAGUUGUGUAUGGACUUGGUAGAUGUUUCCGAGAAAUUAAGAAUCCAUGCUAACCGACGUCUAGGCAACAGAAAGAUUAUUCUAAACGAUGUGUCGGCAUUAGGACAAAUAUUUAGCGAAUUAAUCGAUGCUUUGUUGAUGAAGAAAAUACAGUCUUUGGUGGACAUAUUGGAAGAACCAAGCACUGAUAUUGAGCUCGUUAAGACGAUGUCCAGUAUCAACAGCCUAGGGUUAGAAAGUGUUCAUCUCGGUAGCUUGGUGACGAAGUGCAAUGGUGUCCGAUCUUUGUUGACUGUUUGUAUAGAAGCAGCGUCUAGUGUAGUUAGAUCAGCUGCAUUGCGCACACUUGCCAUGGUGUGUUGCUCGUCUGACAGCAUCAGACAAUUCGAAAAGGCCGGAGGCGUGGAGAUAUUAUCCGAUGUAUUGGGUGGUAAAAACCGCUCGGAAAAAGAACUCACCGACGCCGUGUCAGUGUUGGCUCAGAUCACCGCUCCUUGGAUCGAAGACAACCACGUCGUCAACGGGCUCAGCGAAUACUUGGACACGAUUAUAUCCUCUUUGACGUACUUGGUGGAGACCACGCAGUCGUCGGAAACGCUGUUGCUGUCGUCCGCUGCGCUUGCCAACAUCACGUUCAUGGAACCGAACGCGAUAUGGACCAUAUUAAACAUGGGCACCGCCGGAUCGCUGAUAGAAGCGGUACGGAAGAACGGCACCAAGUCGUCGGUGUUUUUGCAAGAGCAAACGGCCACGCUUUUGGCCAACAUGGCAGCGGUCCCCGAGGCCAGACCACACAUGGCGGCCAACCACGCGGUGGUCGCUUUGCUGUGUUUCCUGCAAGUCCGGCACUCGCCGUUGCAACGCGUUCCCGAGAUAUUGGCCGCGGAACGGCUACAGCACAAGACAGCCAUCGCCUUGUCCAGACUGUGCAGUGACGUAGAAGUGUCGAAACAAUUCGUGGAGCUCGAAGGCGUUAACCGUUUGAUAAGGUUGUGCAAAGACGAACGAGAACGAAAUCAUAGUGACGGUGUUCUAGUAGCGUGCUUAGCUUCGCUGCGGAAAAUCGCCGCAAAUUGUGGCAAAGAAAUAAUGAACCAAUACGACGCCGCAGAACUGAUUGAACCGAGACUGUUAGACUCAUUCCUUUUGUAUUCAUCGAAACAAGAGAGUUACGUUUAGAUUUUUUAACUCUCGGCGAAUAAAUCAAAUUUAUUUGUAUUAUUAUAUUAUAUAAUAUACUAAAUAUAAAAUAUGUACCUACUUAAUUUAUGUAUGUAUACAUAUACUGAUAUACUUACAUGAUUAUACAAUAUGAUGUAUUAAUAACUGUAUGUAAUUGCAUGAUCCAUCCAGAUUUUUGAAUUGUUUGAAAAUUAAUUUUUGACAAAUUUUAUUUGAAAAUGAUUUAAUAMUGAUUUUUCUUAUUAUUUCCCAAUUUCCGGGGGGAGGGUUACAAACCCCUACCACCCUUCCUACUCCACURACUGUAUGCCUAUACUAUACAAUAUUAACCCGAUAUGAGUAGGUUGGUACAGCUCUCGUGCCAUCGAAUCCGAAUGGGGGAGUACUGAAUAAUAUAAUUUGUUGAACGUAAUAGAAUACRAUUUUUUUUAGUAUGAUAUUAUAUGAAAUAGGUAUCUUCCUCUGAGGUAGGUGCCUAUAUUACUCUAUCUAGUCCGAAUCAUGACAAGACGUGCCAACGUAGAUAGUAUUAAUCAGGGCCUAUCCUUUAGAUACGAUCGAUGUGUGCGACGGCACAGGGGCGCCAAAAUCAAGGGGGCGUGCGGUUGCCUAUUUAUAUAUUUAAAAACAGGGUAAAAGGCGCCGAAAUAAUACUUGCACUGAGCGCUGAAAAAGCUAGAGCCGGCCCUGAUAUUAAUAUUUGGAAGGUACUAUAGGUAUAUAUAGUAGCGUAUAUAUUUUGUUCAAAUAGGUCUGUAACUAG